CUCCUGUGUCUCCAGUGCGACCCGUGCUCCAUCUCCGCUCGUGCAGAGAGCAUAUUUGCUUGCUGGGCUGUGUAUGGGGCUGUUCACGCACUGCUCACAAGUAGGAUCUGCCUUCUCUUCAGCCAGCGGUCUUAUUUACCUUAUAUGCCUAAAAUCGUUCAAUCACGAUCAGUUUCGUAGCCAGCCAAAAUCCUUCACCACCUGUGCCUUGGAAUCCGAUUCGGUACCAUGAAGGUUAUUUUGUUUCACGCCUGAAAGUCAUGACAGACCAUUCUGCAGCAGUCAAGGUCGUGACAUGCUUCCUCCUCAUCGUCUCCUUCAUCGCUGUCGUAGCCUGUUUGACGACAAACUGGCAGGUGCUGAGGAGGAAGGUGUCUAGUGUGGCGCUCCUUUUGAGCACUUUGAUCGCGUCAAUAGCCUCCGGGGCAGCUGUAUCCGUCGCUGCUACUCAUGGCUUGGGACAAGCUUCCCCUCUCUCAGAUGACCAGGUGGUCGUCAUGCAGAAGGCCCUCUAUUCAAUGGAGGUGCUGUAUGUUUUGACGCUGGGACUGGGAAAGCUGUCUGUCAUGGUUCUCUUCUACAGUCUGCUCUCGUCGACAGGCCAGUCGAAGUCCGUCCUGGCAGCGACAGGUCUACUUUUGAUAUGGGUUGUGGUGAUGGCCAUCGUGGUAUGCCUUCAAUGCCACCCACCCGAAGUUUGGAAUAUUGUCGGCGGAAAGUGUCUUGACCUGUCCGGGAUUUGGAUAGCAUUCGGAGUCAUGAAUGUCUUGGUCGAGAUUAUGAUCAUCGCAGUUCCGUCCUUCAUCAUAUUCCGCCUGCAACUGAGUCUGAAAAGGCGUUUGGUGGUAAUAAGCUGCUUCGGUAUCCGGAUCCUGGAUAUCGCGGGCAGUAUUGUACAGCUAUGCUACGUUCGUAAUUUCAAGCUUCACGCCGACUCUCCUCUACCGACCAAUAUCUGGCAAUGGGCGAUUUGCAGUCAAGUGCUUCAAACAGUGGCUAUCCUAUCUGCCUGUGUGCCAUACCUACGAGAAUUUCUGGAGUCGUUCCCUAGUGGUAUGUUCAAGCCGACGGAGCUCAAACAUCCUACGGUGCAGUCGGCAUACAAUGCGACCAAGUGUUCGGACAGUGAUAUAGAAUUAAUGAGACCGGAAUCGACAAAAGAUACUUAG